UUUCUGGGAACCUUCGCUGUCAGGGCUGCUCAUCCAUGAUCAUUAUUCUAAAUGCGUUUGCAGAUGCUUUUGUAGCAAACACUUUAUAUUUUUCUCCGAGUGCAUAAAAUAUCUAAGUAAUUUAGAAAUAAGAAGGAAGGUACAAUGGUAGUUUGUUGCAUUUGUGGCAUCGAAUGGAUGCCAGACAGCGUUAGUUUUCACAAAUUUCCAAAAUCCGACAAUAUAAGGAAUCGCUGGCUUGCAGCUAUUAACAAACGGAUAACGAAUUUUACAUUGAACAAACACGCGAAGAUAUGUGGUCAGCAUUUUGCACUGGAGUGUUUUAUAGUAACGGAAACUGGCAAACGUUAUUUGAAGUCGUAUGCUGUGCCUAGUAUAUUUGAUAUGCCCUUAAAGAAGAAAUACAUACUUACUCAGUCUGUACGAACAGAUGAAGGUGAUCUUGCAAUUACUAAUGAAGAGCCAUGCUCAGAAGUAACUGUAGGCACCAAUGAAGUAGCGGAAGAUAAUUCGCAGGAAUCAUCUGUUUCUAUCGUCAAAGAUCCAAACUUGACUGAGCUCGAUACUGUACAUAGUGGGAUCUUUAAUAUCUCGGUCAUUAAAGAAGAGGUAAUUAUUGAGGAUCAUAAUGCAGAUCAACAUGAAAUUGUUCCGAACACUAGUCAUGAAGAAUUACAUUCAGAAAUUAUGAGUGUUAAAGAAAACAGAGCUAAUGGCUCGACCACCAGACGACAGCGGGCGACUAAAUACGGUACCAUACAUAGUGGAAUUGUGGAUAUUUCACUCGUUAACAAAGAACUAGUGGACGCACAACGUGCAACAGAAAAAUGUAAUGUGCUAUUGAGGAAGAAAUUAAAAAAUUCUCAACAGAAGUGCAGAAGAUUACAAAGAAAAGUCACAUUUUUAACUUUACUCAUAAAACAUUUGCAAAACAAGAUGUUGUCGCAAGAUAGUGCGAAAUCAUUAGAAGUAAAUUCAGAAUAGUGCACCAGGAGUGGAGGAAGGAGCGAAAUCAAUUGAUCACAUUCGCAAGGAAAUGGUUUGCAAAUAUUGUAUAUUAUAGAUAAGUGAGCAAAUAAAUUGUAAUUUUUUUAAACAAAUUAUGCGAAGUCUCAUGAAUUAUAAAAACCUGUGUGCAUUCACGAAAGCAAUCGACGCGCUUCCUUCGAGUUAAGAUCUUGUGCUGAUAUAUAUAUAAUAUAUAUUGAAGGGAUUGUUUUUUAUUGCCGUAAUAACAUAUGUUGCAUAAUAUUAAAGUAGUAACAACGCUGCUUAUUGCAUACUUUAAGGUACAAUUGUCAGUGAAGCCCAGACACACACUUCUAAUUAUUAUUAUUAAUUUAUUCCAGUGAAUCUAAUACAUACACAAACGACUUCUUUUUUCCCUUGUAAUAAUGUUCCAUUCACUCGAUCGCUUUUCUCAUUUUUCAUAUCGUCCCUCAAAUUACAUGGCUAAAGUCUAGAAACUAAUCUUAGAAACUUAGUUAUGCCAAAAGCAAAAUUUGGCAAGUUCGUUCGUUAACAAAGAAAGUAAAUUGGUUCUAAUGUUCUGAAACGGGGUAGAAAAGACCGAACGAUACGCUUACUUAAGAAUCGCCGCGAUUACGUUAGUCACCCUAAAGUAAUGCAUGGGAUGCACGGCAUGGUGUCUCUCAAUUUACAAAUCUAGUACGAACGUGCAUUAUGCCGAAUGUUCCGUCCUUCUUUAUAAAUACGAUGACAAUAUGUACAGAUAUCGAUGUCGUUACAUGUAUACAUAGAGCAACGACGGCUUCUAGAUUCGUUUCCGAACUAUACGAACGUCGAGAAAUGCAUCAGUGUACAUGCGUGUACGCGCGCGCGCGCGCGCGUGUGUGUGUGUGUGUGCGCGACUUAUCUUAAAUCUUAAAGAACAUUAAAAAAUAACGAGAAAAUCCACGUAGAAAAAGUGGCUUCCUCUCUUUCUCACGAGCAAUCAAAAUGCGUUUUAAAAUCAUGAAGAGAAGAAAGUGAAGAUUUAUUUUUUUUUAGGCAAUCCUUCGAAUUUUUCCUUUUCUUACAGACAGCUUGUGUGAAAUUCGCAAUUCUCGUAAUCGGUACCAAAACCAAAAGCAAUGGAGUAAAUAAAAAUAAAGAUUUCUACCGCAUCGAAAUGAUACGACCCAUGCAUUACAAUAGCACAUCACGCAGAGAGAGAUUUGUCUCAACUCUCAGCCCGAUGUCAGUCUUGACCUAAAGUGAUCGCCGUUGUUCACCGUACUGAAUGACGUCUCCGCGAAUGUACAAUUCAAAAUGAACCGCAGGCCUCGAAGUGUCGUGAAUGUUCUAAAAGCUUCACGCGCAAUCUAUUGUCGCGAAUUUAUAGCGAAUAAAUUACAACAAUGUUUUUCGAAAAUCAGCACACCGUAAAGAGAUGAAAACUCGCUCGUUUAAAACUAAACAUGUCUUAAAUAGACUUAAGUAAUGUAUUCUCGUUACGUGCAAUAUUAAACGCUAGAGAGAUGUAAAUCAUAUAUAUCCAUAAAGACAUUUAAGAAAAUAAUCUAUAUCGCUUAUCUAUAAAGAAUGUAUAAAUACAUAGAAUGUGAAAACUUGGUUCUAUAUGCCGAAUGUACACAUAAUAAAUACAGAAAUAAUGAAAAAACUC